UCCCCGGCCGGUUGCGUAAAAACGGGUUCAGGACCGCCAUUUCCUCAUCCCAUGAUUAGACCCCGAUUGUGUACGUUAGGCUGCGGUAAUCUAUUGUGAUCGUGCUGGCAGCACAUUAUUUGUUCCACAGUUCACAAUGAGUACCGGUAUACCGUAUUUGGGCAGCAAAAUAAGCCUAAUAUCAAAGUCAGAGAUUCGGUAUGAAGGCAUUCUGUACACAAUUGAUACCAAAGAGUCAACCGUCGCUUUGGCUAAAGUGCGGUCCUUUGGCACAGAAGAUCGCCCAACUGAUCGCCCAGUUGCACCUAGAGAUGAAGUUUACGAGUACAUCAUCUUCAGGGCCCAUGACAUCAAAGAUCUCCGAGUGUCUGAGCCUCCUAAACCGCAGUCAACUCUGCCUGGAGGCCUGACCAAUGAUCCUGCCAUUGUUCAACAUUCAGCUACUCCAGUUGGCACUGGAGCCAGCUUUUCUGCACCGACAUACAACCAAGCACCUGCAUCAUAUGGCCCAGUGGGAACCCUACCGUCGUAUUCUAUGGCUUCUCAGUAUACUUCACAGCCUUCACAGCAGCCACCACCAAGUCUCGGUGGAUCCCAACAAUCGGGUUCUCAGUCUGGCAGUACAACUCCUGCACAGCGGAAGAGCCCCACGAUGGAUGCUGGAGUUCAGGUUUCCGGUCCUCCCGGUGAGAAACGACAAUCCCCACGUGGGAGUUCUCAGCGAAGCCAUGGUCAGCAGGGUUCUGCAGGGCCAAGCAGGCAGCAUGGACAGAUGCAGCACCAGCAAGCCUUGCCACCACAGUCUCGACAAGUGGGCAUUCAGCAGCAGCGAGGCCGUAGGGGAGGAGUUGCUGGUGGUUCAUCUGGAGCAGCAGGUGCACGUCCUCGCCAGGGGACGUUCCGCACUGCAAAGCCAAAGGAGCCAUUGAAGUUUGACCGUGAAUAUGACUUUGAGCAAGCCAAUGCAGAGUUUCAGGAACUUGAGAACAAGCUGGCACAGACAAAGAUCAGUGAGUAUAUCUGUUGGAUAUUUUUGCGCUCUAUAGAGAAUGGUAAUCCAUGAGGAAAUAAUUAUUUU